CCAGGUUUUGAGGUGCCAAGCUAUCUUCGAUAACCGCACCCGAUCCUAAUUUCUUGCAACACACGCUUUCCACUGGAAUAUCAGCCUAGUCUGCCUCACAGAUCUUUUGGCAAAGGGGCCUUAUGUCGCUAGGCUUAAGACAAACAGAAGGGUUCGAACUGACUCCUGAUGGGCACUCACAGUCAAGCGUCAGGUUACUUGACGGAGAUCAAGUCCUCCAAAACCGCGCUCAGUCAGCACAUUCUCCGAUAUUGCUGGACUAUUUGCGGAUGUUUAGAUUACAGAUCAUGGAGCAGCUGGCUUUCUGGCGGUCCUCAAGCGAGCCUCGUAAAGUCGCAAUCUAUCGAAAUCGAGGGGUCGCGGCUGUUCACAGUCUACUACACCUAGUACCAUUUGGCGGAGCGAUCGUUCUCUUGAUACUUUUCUGGACAAAGUACUGGGUGAGCGAAACAACGGACAAUGCGUUGUCUCUCCAGUUUGUGGCCAAGUUGCAUGAGCUCAUGAUGCAAGCAUCUUUAGUGAACGUUUUGCUUUGCAUCGUUCGCAUUCAGGUAGUCGAUGGCUACAUACCGCUGGGUGCCCUGUCAGGCGCGAUGCAAGCGACCCACCUCUCUUAUCUGUGGUCCUUGGAUUUUGUCUCAGCACUCAGCAGCCCGUCCUUUACUCUACGACGCAAAAUUAUGUUUGCGAUAUCGAUAUCAUCAUUGAUGUUGAUGACUGCCCUCGUAGGUCCAUCGUCCGCAGUUUUGAUGAUACCGCGACCCAACUCGAUGCAUAAGUAUGCCACCACGACUACGUACUUGAAUGGAACAGAAAGCUCUAUGUUUCCGUCACUUGUCAACUCAUCACACAAGAUUGAAAUCAAGUUUGACCGUUGGCUCAAUUCAGAGUUACUGAGUGUCACAGAUAACGGGGUAGAUACAGAAUACUACAACCAGAUAUGGAACGCGGACGAAUUCGAGAUCAACCCUCAAAGGAUCUCACAUUACUCUUUACACUACGUGAACGAGACCUCGAUCUUCGCGAAUCGAUCAACUGCAACAAUACCUACGAGGAUGAGUGCAGACUUACUCUGGGAAGCUACAUCGUUCAACGGGUCAGGAUCCAUGUGGAAUCUGUCAAGGCCUCUGAAUCCAAACAUCACUCUACAAACAUAUCAGCCACUCGUACAGGUAGAGUGCGAAGUGUACCCUAUCGACAUGAACCAAACCGAAUAUGUUUACUAUUGGUCAGAUGAUGGAGCCCGCAAAGAGCUCUCAAACUAUCGCGACCUGUAUGCGAGGAUAUUCAAUGAUACAGAUCUGGACUACAUUGAUAAUGACAAUAGCGGCGCUUAUCAUGCUCGACCAAUAUGGUUACGAUCGCCAGAUCCAGGAUCCUCGACAUUAGUCGGUGCAUUCUUUAGCAUUGGUUGGCCAGAGAAGCUCUUCAGGGUUUGUACAAUAUCCUCGUACUGGCGCAAGACGGAAACGACUCUGGCGCCAUCUGACAGAGGCGUACUGGUCCAGACGAAUCACAUCGAGGGCAGAGACAAUAUGUCACGAGAGCAACUUAUUCCAAUUACCAUCGACCUGGACAACGUCACAUCGGCCAAUGUCGGGAACUUAACACGUGAUCUGGCUAAUCUAACCCUGUACCAACCUCCUGAUGAGACAUUUGUGGUAGCCAAGCGAUACGAGAAUCUACUAUCCGUUGCAUUCGCUGCGGCACUUGCAGAGAUCCCACACUACUCCAGGCGCUGGGACAAUAAAGAUGAGGUUCAGGUCGACAAAGCAUCUACGACCGCCUUCGACAUCAGCGUGAUUAUCCGUGGGUACGGGUACGGCACAGCAGCCACAUCUGCAUAUCUCUCGGUCGCGGUCAUUACAGCAUACUGCAUUGUCACUCUCAUCUACAUCGCCUACAUCCUAGCAACAGGCACAUCAUCAACAGCCUGGAACUCCGGUAUCGAACUCGUGGCGCUCGCUUUACAAUCAAGACGCCCUGACCACUUGAAACAUAUGUCAGCCGGAAUCGACUCAAUGCAGACAUUUCGGGAAGGUGUUGGCAUACGAGUCAAUGAGCAAGACAAGCUUGAGCUGGUAUUUGCACGUGAUCGAGACAUUGAUACGCGGAAAUUGAGAAAGAUUGAGCGGAAUAAAGCGUACUGAGCGUAGGCUUGCUACAAAUGAGGCUGUGACAGUUGCUGCAUGAUUCGUGUCUGGAAGAAUUAGAUGUACACACUCAUGCAUUUAUCCUGUGACGGUUUAUGGAGUAUGGAGGUUAUGUGUACCACGUGCGUUGGUGCAGUGCUCCUGCUCUUGACUGCACAAGAUAUAUGUCAUGUAAACAGACCCUGAUGACUGCCGUGUGAGAGGCAAUCACAGAACAACACAGAACAACAGAAUA